UCGUACUUUGCUCAUACACAAAUACAAACUAAGCCCUAGCGGUCAGACAUUGUUACUGAGCGUGUCCGCAUAGCUCGUAGCUCCAGCUAAUUGUGGGAAACUGUUCGGUCAGUCUGAGGUCGCGGCUGUUAAAGCUCAGUCAGUUCUUCUGCUGAGUCCGACACGGGGAUUUCUGCAGAGACACUUCCCUGGUGUUUAUUUAGUUUUGCACGGGUAGUUUUGCUGCAGAAAUCACAUCAAGCAGCUCGAAGUCAGGUCCGGUGAACUUUGACACAGUGAAACGCAGGAGCACCGACGCUGCUCGAGUCAUUCACACUUUGACUACUAAUUAAAAAAUUUAAGAGCCGCUGACUCACGAUGAGCUCCAGGAAAGUGGUCGAGUUGUUCUACGAUGUAGUUUCCCCGUACUCUUGGCUCGGUUUUGAGGUCAUGUGUCGCUACAGAAACAUAUGGAACAUAGAUCUCAAGCUGCGUCCUGCAUAUUUGGGUGGCAUCAUGCAUGGGUCAGGCAACAAGCCUCCUGGUCUGGUUCCUAACAAGUACAAGUAUAUGGGCAGGGAUCUCAGCCGCUUGGCCAAGUAUUUUGACGUUCCCCUGCAGAUGCCAUCUGACCCCGCUGAGGUCAUGUUCACAAAAGGAUCCUUGAAUGCAAUGAGAUUUGUGAUAGCAGUGCAGGAGAGCGAGAAGGGUGGAGACAGGCGGGUGGAGCAGGUGUCCCGUGAACUGUGGAGAAGGAUCUGGAGCGAAGAUAAAGACAUCACUGAACCCGCGUCACUGUCUGAGGCAUCAGUAAAGGCAGGAUUGUCUGAAAGUGAGAUUAAAGAAGUGCUGGAGCUUUACACAUCGCAGGAGAUCAAAGACAAGCUUAAAAGCGUGACAAAUGAUGCACUUAACUAUGGGGCAUUCGGCUUUCCCCUGGUGAUCUGUCAUGUUAAUGGGAAGCCAGAGGCGUUCUUUGGGUCUGACAGAUUUGAGCUUAUGGCCCACUGCAUUGGAGAGAAGUGGCUGGGACCCACACCUAGCGCAUCAGCGGCCAAGCUGUGAGGUGGAUACGUUGCUGAUUUGCUCACAGAUUCAACUGCUUUCUAAGUCGUGCCUUUGUCACAUCACGGUGUAUACCUUAAUAAGCAAUACAUGGUAGAAACUUUAAAAUCAUCAAACAACAGGUUCUUUAAGUUCAAACCUUUUUCAAUCAGCAAACAGAGAUUUCUCUGUGUGCAUUUCCUCCCACAGUCUAAAUGUCUGCUGGCUGGUGUGUUGGAAAAUAAAAUGCCUCAAGGUGUUAACUCUA